UGAAAAAUGUUCAUAAAUAUGUUAGUUUUUUCUCUGUUAUGCGUUUUCGUUCUUGGACAAAACGAUCCAAUUGCUACAAAGGAUGUAUUAGGAAUUGGAAGUAUGCAAUCAGCUGCUGUAUCAGGAAGAUUGAUUUGUAACGGGAGACCUGCGGUUGAUGUGAAGCUUAAAUUGUAUGAAAACGAAAUAUUUUUCGAUCGAUUGAUGGAGGAGGGGCGUACUGAUUCGAACGGUCAAUUUCGAGUGUUAGGAUCGAAAAGAGAAAUCACAACUAUUGACCCAAAGCUAAAUGUUUAUCACAAAUGCAAUUACAACGGGCUAUGUGAUCAAAAAUUCACAAUUCACAUUCCAAAGGACUACGUCACUUCCGGUAGUCAACCAUCACGAACUUUUGACAUUGGCACAUUGAACUUGGCCAACAACUUCCCAGGCCAAUCUACAGACUGUUUAAACUAAGAAGUAAAUAAGGAACCGAUAUAGUUCAGCGACAAACCACCGAAAACUUUAAUUGUAUUUGAGUAUUUAACAUUUGAAAAUAAAUGGUUUUUCGUAC